UCGCUAGCGUGCCAUUGGCGCCAACCGGCAGUAGUAGUUACUGUAUUCUUCUGGUGUGACUGCUGUUGGUAUGAGUCGAAUUUUCACCUCAGAAAAGUGGGCUUCCAUGUACAGCGCUGCCGAUGUUUUAUGUGAAGAAACGGCUCGCAGUUUCGGAGGGGUGUGUAGUUUAAAUAUUUAGCUUGCUGUUUGCGUGCAGCCCACGGGAGUCAGCGCGAGCCGUCGGUGGGCUCCGACAAAGGCUGGGACGUUCAAUAAUCUGGGCUUGAAAGGGACUAGAAGAUGUCAAACGGGGGCGGCGCCGGGUUCAUCGUGAAGUUCGUAGAGGCUGGGGAGCAGCGGUCCGAGUUGGCGUCCCAGGCCUACGAGGCUGUCCUGGAGCUCCAGUCCGAGAAAUACCUCCAGACCAUCAGUGAACAGGAAGCCUUGCAGCUGAGCCACAAUGAUAAGUCUCUGUACGUGUUCAGCAGCUUCUCCAGCCCGGCCUUCCACCACUGCAGAAAGCUGGGAUGCCGUGUGGUGAGCCCCCUGGUAGUGCUCUUCUGUCUCCAGCGGCAGCGAUGCGUACCCAAGGCCGAGCAGCCCAUCUACAACAUGGCGAUGGCCAACGUCACUGUCUCGUGCACUAGCUUGGAUAAGGCUGCACGGACAGAGGUGAUGGAGCUGGUGCAGCUGAUGGGCGGCCGAGUGUACCGCGACCUCAAUGUGUCCGUGACACACCUGGUGGCGGGAGAGGUGGGCAGCAAGAAGUACCUUGUGGCUGCCAGCCUUGGUAAACCCAUUCUACUGCCUACCUGGGUGAAGACGUGCUGGGAGAGCUCUCAGGACAGUUUGUUCCACCAUUCGGAGUUGCCUCUGGAGCAGUACGUAUGCCCAGUACUGCGCGGCUGUACCGUAUGUGUAACGGGGCUGUCCAGCGCCGAGCGCAAAGAGGUGCAGCGCCUCUGCAGUCAGCAUGGGGCGCAGUACAGUGGGCAGCUCAAGAUGAACGAGUGCACACACCUCAUCGUCAGUGAACCCAAAGGACAGAAGUACGAAUGCGCGCUCAAGUGGAAUGUCUACUGUGUGUCGCUGCACUGGCUGUUUGAAAGCAUCGAGAAAGGCUUCUGCCAGGACGAGAGCCGGUAUCGUGUGGAACCCACAGCCAAGCAGCCCGGCAAGCCUCAAACUUCAACCCCCACCUCGGACAAGCGCAAAGAAAGGCCAUCAGAUCUGUUGGGUGUGAGCCAAAUCUCAAACAUUAGCCACAUGUCUGUCAAUGACUCGGUGCUCACCACUGCAUUGGGCAGUCGCCUGGAGACACCCGACCCCUUGGACACAUUGGACAUCACGGUCUGUCCUGCAGAUGACCUUCUGGAUGGCUGCAAGCUGUUCCUGUGUGGAGUAUCGGGUAAGAAGAUGGAGAAGCUGCGGCGUCUAGUCAACAGUGCUGGGGGACUACGCUUCAACCAGCCCAGUGAGGAUCUCAGCCAUGUCAUCAUGGGGGAGCCCGACCAGGACCUCAUCAGCUAUGUAUCGAAGGCCAUCCACCGGCCCCAUGUGGUGACAGUGCAGUGGCUGCUGGACAGUUUCUCUAAAGGCUGCCUGCUCCCUGAAGAGGGCUACUUGCACUCCGCCUGCCUGCCACCGGCCCCUGCGUCAGUGCCUAUGCCGGCCCCAGCCAGGCCUGCAGCACACCGGAAACCCCCCGCGGACCCCCCGGCCCCCAGCCCUGCCAGACACAGCGCUGAGGAGGACCUGCUCUCCCAGUACCUGAAUCCGGACCACACUGUGGUUGAAAUUCCUCAAGUAGCUCAAACUAGUAGAACACGGAGUUCUUUACUCCCAGAUCCGCUGGAUCUGGAACCUCUGAACCCCGAGUUGGUACCAAGGCAGGACUCUACCCUUCGGGACCUAGAGGGCGGCUUGUUCUCGGGGAAACGCUUCCUGCUCGUGGGCUUCGGCUCCGAGGCAGAGGCCCACCUCUUGCUGCUGGUGACGGAGAAUGCAGGCCGGGUCCUAGCAGGCCACACGCGUGCCGUGGCAGACUACGCCAUUGUGCCACUGCUGGGCUGCGAGGUGGAGGCCACCGUGGGGGACGUUGCCACGGAUGCCUGGCUGGCCAUGUGUGUCGAGCAGCAGUGCCUUCUGGACUUGAGCUCCCAUCCGAUGUUCAUGCCGCUGGCUGUGGUGGAAAAUCGCACCCCGCUCAGGGGCUGUGUGCUCUCCGUCAGCCAGUUCACAGGGGCGGAGCGCGAGUCACUCAUAGAACUGGCUAGACACCUGGGAGCCAGUGUCCAGGACUAUUUUGUGCGGGCGGCAAACCAAAAGAAAGGCAUGCUGGCCAGCACCCACCUGGUGCUGAGCACCCCAGAGGGCACCAAGUACCAGGCAGCCCAGAAGUGGGGCCUUCCAGCCGUGUCCAUGGGAUGGGUGCUGGCAUCAGCGAAGACAGGGCGUCGCGCCAGUGAGAGCAAGUUCUUUGUGGACCGGCCACCCACUCCAGAAAGGGAGGAGGAGAGCUUUGUGGGUGGCUCCCAGAAGCCAACCAUGCCUGCUGUAAUCUCACCCGAGAUCCCCAUCAUGGGGCCGCAGGUGGGGGCCGCAGUCACCCCCCUGGACUUGGGUCGCUUCCAGAGUAAGGCCUUCCGCUCUGCGCUGGAGCAGAAAAGACAGCAAGAGGAGAAGGAUGUCUGCACCCCGGGGCAGGAGGCCCUGCGAGAAUUCCCCAGAGAGUCACCCCUGCAGCUGGACACACCAUCGCAUUUCCUGCGUAGGGACCAGCUGUUCAGACCCUCUUUUAAUGUCAAGGAUGCCUUGGCUGCCCUGGAGACCCCUGGGGGAGGAUCCCAGCAGGGCCGGUCCACCAACACCCCGCUAUCGGAGGUCAUCGGAAGGAACCUGCAGGUGGCGCUGGCAAACAGCACUCGCAACAGUGCGUCGGCUUUAGCUGCCCUGACUGCCAGCCCUCAGCUGAGCAAGGACACAGUCAAGGUCCAGGACAAGGAUCCUGGCCCUCUGGUGGGUGUGGUCAUCUGCGUAACCAAGAAGUUGAGCAGGAAUCAGAGUGAGCUGAACGCCAUUGCUGCCUCUCUGGGCGCUGACUUCAGGUGGUCCUGUGACGACACAGUGACGCACUACAUCUACCAGGGCCGUGCCGGUGACAGCAGCCGGGAAUACCGCGCGCUGAAGGACAGGGGCGUGCACGUGGUAUCCGAGCACUGGCUCCAUGCGUGUGCGAAUGAGCAGAAGCGUGUCCCAGAGUCCCUGUACCCCUUCACCUACAACCCCAAGAUGAGUCUAAACCUGAGCCAGAUGCCGGAGAGCAGCCUGAGGUCACCGCCUGCUCCACACCUCCAGCCACAAGACCUUACAGAGGAGUUGGCAGACAAGUCCCACUCCAGCACAGAGGAUAAUGCCAUUGAAAUUCGGUGUGAUGACCGCGGGGAGCCAGAGCAGGACAACCAGGAGCACAUGCAGAAGAGAGACUUGGAAGAGGCCCUGGAAAUGAGGGAGAACCUGCAGAGGCAGCUGCAGGAGAUCAUGUCAGCCACUAAGAUGACCAUUGGGAGGCGCUCUUCUCGGCUGAAGAGGGUUGGAUCUAGCAGCCUAGACUCUCACCCUAACACCCCUGACAGUCUGGGUUCAGCCGGAAGAGUCAGCAGGAGCCGCACCUUUGAGGCCCUGAGGCAUUCCCGGCAGGUACCUGUGGACAUCAACACAGAACCUUCUCAAAGCGAACAGAUCGUCUGGGACGACCCCACGGCACGGGAGGAGCGAGCUAAACUGGCUGACAACCUGCAGUGGCCUGGCAGCCCCUCCCAGCACUCAGAGCCUCUUCCUCACCAUGAGGGGGCGCUCAAUGGCCAUGCAGAGUUUUCACGCCACGAAAAGGAGUCAAUUACUGACUCCGAGUUGGUGGAAAUGGUGGCCUGCGACGUCAUUAACGAGCACAUGGGAAGGAGGACUCUGACACCCCCCAGGGAAGACAUGGAGCCCCAGGUCCUCACUCCCAAGGCCCCCAGCAUCGCCUUUCCCAUCACCAAACCCUCUGUCCUGCCCCAGGCUAAAGAGGAGACUCAGGCCGAGGACGAAAGUGAGGCAGAGGUGGAGCCCCCACGCUUCCAGCUGUCGUCCCUGAACCCUCAAGAGCGCAUCGACUACAGUCACUUGAUAGAGGAGUUAGGGGGCGUCGUCUUGGACAAGCAGUGUUUCGACCCCAGCUGCUCCCAUAUCAUUGUCGGCCAGCCGUUGCGCAAUGAGAAAUACCUGGCCGCCAUGGCGGCCGGCAAGUGGAUCCUACACCGCUCGUACCUGGAGGCAUGCCGUGCUGUCGGCCACUUCAUUGAGGAGGAGCAGUACGAGUGGGGCAGCAGCUCCAUUUUGGAUGCCCUCCCCACCAUCAUCUCCCAGCAGCGUCGGCUGGCUUUGGCUGCCAUGAGGUGGAGGAAGACCCUUCAAGAUCGUCAGGACCAGCAGGGAGCGUUUAGCGGCUGGACCGUAAUGCUGAACAUUGACCAGGCCAGGGAAGCUGGUUUCCGGCGUCUCUUGCAGUCAGGCGGUGCUAAGGUCCUGCCGAGCCCCUCGACAGCCCUGUAUAAGGACACCACACACCUCUUUGCUGACUUCAGCAGGCUCAAGCCAGGCGAUUUCCGCGUGGAUGUGGUAGAAGCCACAGCACAGGGGACCAGGUGCCUAAGACCGGAGUACAUCGCUGACUACCUUAUGCAGGAGCCUUCACCACCGAUUGAGGCGUACUACCUCCCUCAAGCUGUGCAGUACCUGCAGAGUUCAGUGGGGGGCAGCACAUCCAUGUUGUCACGUAAACGCAAAGCCUCCGGAGACUCCUCCGUGCUGAAGAAAUCCAGACUAACUUGACACAACACCUUAGCAUGGAGUAUUUACCUGUGGAACUUUCCCUACCUUUCUUAAUAUUUGAAAAGUGAAUGUAAUUGUAGAUAAUAUAUUCUAAAAUAUGCUGUAUGAAAAAUAAAAUGAAAGCAACAUUGUUUUGAAUAAUA